UACCGGCUUCCCGCAGCUGCCCCGCGUCUCGCACAACGGCAGCGAAGCCGCUGAGCCCUGGGGGACGCGUCCAGCCGAUUUGGGGUGUCUCGCAGCCGUUCUCGCGCCACUCAGGCAUGCGGCGUCUUGGAGGAGGAAGCCUCCGCGACAGCAGGAAGGAGCCGCCGCGGCGCGUGUGAAAGGUGAUUUUUUCUGAGCACCAUUACUGCCCAUAGUGAGCAGGACCUGCACCGAGAGGAAGAGGGAUCGCCAGAAGGUGGGGCCGGCCCGGGACGGCGCCAUGGACCUCGACGUGCUCAACAUGUUCGUGAUAGCCGGAGGCACCCUGGCCAUCCCCAUCCUGGCCUUCGUGGCCUCCUUUCUCCUGUGGCCCUCAGCGCUGAUCAGGAUCUACUACUGGUACUGGCGUCGAGCCUUGGGUAUGCAGGUUAGAUAUGCAAACUACGAUGACUAUCAGUUUUGUUAUUCCUGUAGAGGGAGACCUGGAUACCGACCAUCUAUCCUGAUGUUACAUGGGUUCUCAGCCCACAAAGACAUGUGGCUGUCUAUAGUCAAGUUCCUCCCAAAGAAUCUGCACUUGGUGUGUGUUGACAUGCCUGGUCAUGAAGGUACAACCCGGUCAUCGUUAGACGAUUACUCCAUUAGCGGGCAAGCUAAAAGAAUACACCAGUUUGUUGAGUGCCUCAAGCUGAACAGAAGGCCCUUUCAUCUGGUUGGCACUUCAAUGGGAGGAAACGUCGCCGGAGUUUAUGCCGCUCUGUACCCCGACGAGAUUUGCAGCCUGACCCUUAUAUGUCCUGCAGGCCUGCCAAGUUCGAACGACACCAAAUUCAUUAAGCAGCUGCGGGAGCUGCAGGAGUCCGAACGCAUCGACAGGAUCCCGCUAAUUCCCUCGACGCCCGAAGAGAUGGCGGAUAUGCUGAAGCUCUGCUCCUACGUUCGCUUUAAGGUGCCCCAGCAGAUCCUGCAGGGCCUCGUUGACGUUCGCAUCCCGCACAACGAUUUCUACCGGAAACUAUUUCUAGAAAUCGCGGACGAAAAGUCCAGACACUCCCUCCAUGAGAACAUGAACAAGAUCAAAGCGCCAACGCAGGUCAUCUGGGGAAAGCAGGACCAGGUCCUGGAUGUUUCUGGAGCUGACGUUUUAGCAAAGGCCAUUCCCGACUGUCACGUGUAUAUCCUGGAGAACUGUGGGCACUCGGUGGUGGUGGAGAGGCCCAGGAAGACGGCGAAGCUCUUGCUCGAGUUCCUGGCGCUGCUGCACAGCACAGAGAACAACAAGAAGCAAGCGUGAGCUCCGCGGGGAGCCCGGCACCGCAGCCACGUGUUUUCCGUUGUAAAGUACUGACGCGUUGAUAAGUUCUCAGGGAUCUUGUACAAAUCACGGUGAAUGUGCCAAAGUCCCUGAGGAAGGCAAAAUCACUGAUGCAUAAGUCUAUAGCACUACCGACACACGGGGACCUAGGGAUCAUUGAACAACCUACAUGUAGACAAAAAUGGGAACAGAAUCACUAUAUUUUCUACUUAUACAUAAAGUAGAAAUUACCCGAAAUCACAAAACGCUAGCCAUGCAAUGUGCUGAAGCCCUUUAUGCAGCCCAUGCUAUCUAAGUUACCGGCACAUAGUUGUUAGUGACAUUUAUCUAAAAUACAUAAGUGCGUAGGAAGGAAGAAACGUCCUGGACUGCGACUUACAAUAUUUCUGCUCCUUAGACUCUGCUGCGUUGCAUGCGAUCUUGUUGUAAGAGAAUCCUAAUGUUCCAGGCAUUUGCUAACGUGCUGUUUGUGUAGCUCAUUAACUUAUGAUUUAUGCAGAACCCCCCCCCCCGAAAAUUUCAUGUGUGAAAGUAAAAUGACUGUAUGUCCAAAAUGUUUACACUUCUGGCGAGUGGAUUUUUUAAAUCCCUGAGCAGCUCCUGUGUAUAUGUAAUGCCUUAACAGUCUAGAAUAACGGCGUCCGCGUGCCGCCCGACCUCGUAAGGGGGGGUGGUUUCCUCCGGUGUGAAACCUGCGUAUUGUAAAAACUCAGCGUCAAGACAGCAGUUUCAGAACAGUUGUGCAAACAAGUGGAACAAAAACUCCUGGAGCUGUUCAGUCUCUUAGACGUGGGGCCUGAGUGAGCAAUAACACCGUGGAGAGAGGUGCGAGGGAGGAGGGAGCACCUUUGGGUUAGCGCCAGGGCCAACUCUUGUCUCAGCUCUUUUCUAUUGCGGUGCGCUGCUGAACAUUUUGAUGUAAAUAAUGAACUUAAUGAAUUCCAUGAAUUCUGUGAAUGAUAACGUCAUUGAAAACACGUGUAACAGAUCCCAGGGUAAAGAGAAAAGUGAAAGAAUAGCAGAGCGCGGUAUGGGCUCGCAUAGUCCUUAGCCAAUGUGAAUUGUUAGCAGAUGUCUCAGGCUCAUGUGUGAUGCAUUUUAAAGUAUAGUGGUGUGGAAAAGUAAAAUUUGGUAGUGUUUCCUUUUGAUGAUUUAUAACACCUAACCAAGUGAAAUUAUAUACCAAAAGGGAAAAAUCCAGACAAGUUACGCUUUGCAGCCUGUGAGGCACCUUCUAGAGACUAAUUCUGCUGCGUUAAUCCCCCUCCAGAUGCAGCUCCUCGCUGCCUCUCCCCACAUUAGCCGCUGGACACUUGUAGCUAAUCCUGCCAUGUGACCUGGAUGAGAAACCUGGUUUCUGGUCUCAGGCGUUACGUGCAUUUGGCGGAGGGUGAAGCCACGUGUGGUCCUCAUGAAGGCAAGCGGGAGGAGGUCGUUGGACGUCUGUCACCAUGCGGUCCCUUUAGAGACUCUCCUUGGGUAUCAGCACCUGGUAUUUUCUAGAGACUCUCCAGUAGACUGUAUGUGUAAGCUUGUAUUUCUGAGAGCCAUCUUCUCACUAUUUUUCCAGGAUACUAUGAACUGUGUAUGUAUUUGAAACUCCCUGUUAGUUUCUCUGCUCUUUUUGUAAGAGAAGAAGUGGCAUUCUUCUAGAAAACUAAAACGUUGCCGUCAGUUGCUUGGUUAUUGUUUCUACUACAGGAGUUGAUGAAAAAAAAAUGCUGAUAGUUUUACAUGGUAAAAGCCAGAAAAAGUUGUUGGAUAGCUACGUGGUUUCUCAUAUGCUGCAGACUGCUGUAUACAAAGGAUUUAAAUGGCUAUUAAAAUCUAGUAAUUUAGA